CAUUUUAUUGACACACGAAUUAAAUUAUUUCCUCUCUCUGUCAGUGUGAAUUGUGAUAAACACGAUCACAAUAUGAAUUGUUUGGUUACAUGGAUAAAGUAGCAAUGUUGAGCCGUGACUGUAUGAGAUGGUGUGACCGCAAACUUGAGGGAAAACCGAGAAGUUGCCGUUGACAGGUUCAACGAGGUUGACGUGCGUAGAGUGACACUUGAAACUGUGUUGCAAUGAAAAUCAAAGCGCUGUUCAAUGCUAUUAUUACUAGUUGGAAUACCUUAACAAUCUUUCAAAAAAUAAUUUUAGUGUUCAUAGUUUUAGCAGUAAUAUCAUACUUUACUAGCUAUUGGUCUCUUACAAUUGUAAUGAUUUUAAGUGUGCCAUUAGCUUUAAAAGCAAGUGACAAAUUAUUGCAAAGAAAGGCACCACUUGCAUCAGAUGUUCUCUUAAUUUUAGUGCAAUAUAUAAAACACAUUUUUCUAUCGGUUCAAGACCACGUAGAUGUACCAGAGUCCAGCCAUUCGUCAAGUUUGGAAUCCACAAGUGAUGAAUCUGAUCUGAGUAUUGAUACGUCUUCAAUUACCAGUGCGGAAAGGCGUCUGGUGGAUUUAGUUAUCAGGGACUUUGUAAAAUCUUGGUUUGCCUCAUUUAGCAAAAGUCCUCAAUUUUUAGAAGAAUCAAGAAAUGUUUUAUAUAUUGUUGCAUCAAAUUUUAACCAGCGUGUUUCCACAAUACAAAUACAAAGUUUAACUGUUUCAUUCAUUAGUUUGUACCAGCAUCACUUACAGCAUUUUCAAAAAUCAAAACUUUUGUACAAAAGUCAGAAAAAAAUCCAUGCGGCAGGACUGUCCACAAAUGAAAAGUCUAAGGCUAAACUUCCAUCAUUGGAAGAAUCUUUUGGCAUGAAUUAUAAUUAUCAUCCAGCCUUAUCGAGUCAUGAGUCGGAAGACAAAUAUCUAAGAAGUAUAUCUCGGGCCAUGUUGUCAUUGAUGGUUCCUGAUGAUGUGCUGAUGUGUAAAUCUUCAGAAAUUAUUUUUGCCGAGAUCCUAACAUACAAAAUCUUCAAAAAUGUUAUAUCGCUAAUGUCCGACUCAGACUGGCUUUAUAAACAUAUGAUUCUUCUGUUCUACUAUCCUCCUGCAAAUACUACAGAAGCUGUGGACUGUGAUGUACCUGUAAGUGACAAUGCUGCAGAUGAUUCUGACAACAAAACACAUUCUGUCGAGAAUCCAAAAAGUGAUAGAAAUGAGACUGAUGAGGAUGUAGAUAUAUCUCCCACAUCUAACGAAACAUGCUCUGACAAUUCAGAUAAUUUGACAUUAAAAGAUACUUCUGCUGUUUUAAGCAGUUCUGAUAAAAACAUGGAUGAGUUGCACAAUAUACCAAAAGUGACGUUCAAUAUUUUUGAAGGGGAAACGGAUGAAGCGUUUUGUGAUUCUGUGCAAGGUGGUGUCACCUUGAACCGUCAUGGGCCUGACUCUGAAGAUGUGUCGGCGAGGUCAUGUUUACUUAAUUCUGUUGUCACGGACACCAAAAUCACUGAUGUACAAGUACAUCAUAAAGAUGCAGAAAAUAUAACGGAAGAUAUCCCCAACCCAUUGAAAAACACAUUCCAGAGUGAUAAAGAAAGGGUCAAUGGAAACAUUUCUAAGCACUUAAAAAACACAUUCCAAAGUGUUAAAGAAAACUUAAAUGUAAGCAUUUCUAAGCAACUGAAAAGCACAUUCCACAGUCUGCAUAAAAAGUCUGAUAAAACGGGUGAAAAUAUUUUGCCAAAGUUUAAGAGAACUAAUUCAUUAACCGAUGUGCCAAAUUUGAGUGUUUGUGAUGAUAUUAAUGAAAUCACCGUGCCAAAAGAAAGACAUGAUGGAAGAAAAAAACACAAGGGAGACGACUCUGCUGCAGUUGAAUGUCCGGACGAAGCUCUGCCUGCCAAAGGAAAUGAAAUAAUCCGACUAACGACUACCAGCAUUGACGAGACUGACGAUGAAGGAGGGAGUAUCGAUGAUCCUCUGUUAACUAGAGACGAAUCACUCAUUGCUAAGACAGCAGAUUUAUUGUCGGUUAAAGAUGAGUCGCUCAUCUUCCAAGACAUAGACAUCUCAAAGACGGAAGAAUUCCAGGAAUUUCGUAGCAAUUCCAAGUACACAAUGUAUGUGAUAGAAUAUGUGGCCCUAUACUUCUCGGAGGGAGGUCAUCCUGUUUUAAAAAGUGGACUGGUUAAACGUCGAUUUCGGGAGUUUGUCAACUUGCAGGCACGAUUAGACGAUGAGUCAAAAUACAAAAACUUGCUGAAAGACGUGAAAGGUCCGAGUCGAUGGGCUACUCUUCCAUUCAAGAACCGCGACAAGGACAGUGUCGAGAGCAGACGCUCAUUUCUCGAUAAGUUUCUUAAAGGUCUGAUUGCGGUGGAGGCAGUUUGUAAUGGCCCCGAGUUGCGUCAGUUUCUCGCCUACGAAGGAGAUGGACAUAUCGCAUACGUACGGAAGUCUCCCGAGAUGUCUGUGCCCAGGAUAGACAAGAUGUUUGCACGUACCAUGUCGGAGGUGUUUGACCGUCUAAAGGCAAUUCCCGAUAUCCCGCACAACGUGAUAUCAACCAUCACCAAGCGAGAUCGAUCAGUGGAGCGUGAUGAGAAGAAGAAACGAGAAGAUGAUGAGCAGCUUGACAUAGAAUUCUCGUGGUCUGACCCAGACCAGGUGGAUUCAUAUCAGCUAGGUAACAGUGUGAAGAAAUUCAUAUACCAGUGUUUCCCUGUUACCAAUUUAAUAUAUUCAAGAGUGAAAAUGAAACACACAAGAGGUUAUAAGGUUGGUGAACAGGACCAGUUUCUGCAGGACCUGGAAGACUUCAUCUCGGAAGCUGAGAUUGACAAUCCCGAUGAAUUAGCCGAGGAUGACAAAAGCUCAGAAAUAAUUUCAUUGAAUGAGCCAGAGUAUCUCAAUCUAGUGGCACAGUUGCCGCGGCUACAAAGCGAUGGAUCAGAGGUUCCAGAUAAAGACAUGAAUGAAGUAUCCGAGUGUGACUUCAGUGGCAUUCCGUUGACAAACGCCGUGUUUGCGUUAAUAGUGCAGACCUUGCAAGGGAGAGAACACUGGGUCUGUAGGGAGAGGAUCAUCAAAUGCAUCACCAUCCUCGCCGGGCGUGCCCUCAACAGGUGGUUGUGUGAUCAGCUGGAAUGGCUGUCGUCCAGGGAGCGGUUUGUCUACUACCUAACUUUCCUGAGAGAGAGCUUGUGGCCAAACGGUAAACUGUCCACUGUGUACCCACCGCGCGCUAGCGACGAGGUCAGGCGGGCCACACGCGAGAAAGCCAAGCAGAGUCUGAAAACAUUUCUGCCCGGUUUCAUUCCGAGACUGUUCGGCGAUAAUGACUAUGACUAUGCAGUGGAACAAAUCAUGGAGUCUCUUGAGUAUGAAAAACUCAACAGACAUUUGUUGUACAAGUUCCUUGACGUUCUUGUGGAGAAGAUAUUCCCCGAGCUGUCCACCCAGGAAAUACAGCAGAGACUUUUAUCCUGAUGUCAUUACCGUAUGAGGACACAGCAGAGACCAUUAUCCUGAUGA